AUGUAUGUAAAACCUAGGAGAGAAAUUGCGACCGAGUCAAAAUUACAAGUUUAUGUCCCAAAUGAUCAGGCAGAGCUAAUAGAUGACGAAUUGAAAAAUCGUUGUUUACAAAAGUUGGAAAAAGUUUUGAAAAGCUGUGGACGAAGUUUUCAUGAUUUUCCAACAAUGCCAAGACCUCUUUACAAUGAGGAAGAAGUUGACCACGGCAAUAGGUUAAUCCAUGAUGAAUUGCGUUAUAAUCGUCGUUCUCUGUUAGAGGAACAUCAACAAUUAUUAAUGAAUUUGACAGUUGAACAAAAGUCGGUUUAUGACAAAAUUAUGAGGGCAGUGAAAGAAGCCAAAGGUGGAUUCUUCUUUUUGUAUGGUUAUGGAGGAACUGGAAAGACUUUUAUUUGGAAGACUCUGUCUUCUGGCAUACGAUCUAGAGGAGACAUCGUGUUAACUGUUGCAUCAAGUGGAAUUGCAUCUCUUUUGUUACCAGGUGGUAGAACAGCUCAUUCGAGAUUUGCAAUCCCUCUUAAUCUAACUGAAGAUUCAACAUGCAAUAUAAAGCAAGGUAGUCCUCUAGCAAAUUUGAUUAUAAAGACAAAGUUGAUUAUUUGGGAUGAGGCACCAAUGAUGCAUAAAUAUUGUUUUGAAGCUCUUGAUCAAACUCUUAGAGAUAUUCUUAGAUUUAAAGACACAUCCAGUGCUGAUAAACCUUUUGGAGGUAAAACAGUUGUUCUUGGUGGCGACUUCAGACAAAUUUUGCCUGUCAUUGCAAAAGGAUCUAGGCAAGAUAUUGUUAACGCUACUCUGAAUUCUUCGUAUUUGUGGGCCCACUGUGAAGUCUUAAAUCUAACAAAGAAUAUGAGGUUACAAAGAGAUCAGUUAGAUGCAGAUUCGGAUGAGUUAAAAAACUUUUCUGAAUGGAUUUUAGCAAUCGGUGAUGGAAGUAUUAGGAGUUCCAUUGAUGGCAUUGAGAAAGUCCAAAUCCCCGAUGAUCUUCUCAUAAAUAAUUGUGAUGAUCCAAUAUCGGCAAUUGUUGAAAGUACAUAUCCAUAUUUCUUUAACCAUGUCAAUGACAUUGAUUACCUCCAGCAAAGAGCAAUUCUUGCUCCGACUCUUGAUAUGGUUGAGUCGAUCAAUGAAUAUAUGGUUUCACUCAAUCAUAGUCCUGAGAAGACAUAUUUGAGUUCUGAUACAGUUUGUAUGUCUGAUCAUUCUUUUUCAGCUUUGGAGCACAUACAUACACCCGAAUUCCUAAACAGUAUUAAACUGUUCUGGAAAUUCCAAAUCACUCUAUACUUUGAAGUUGNGUUAUCGGACAAUGUUUUAAUACUUGGCUUGUCUAGCUCUGAUUAG